CGUGACGUCACUUUGGAUACAAGAAGAAAGCGUUUGCACAAGACAAUCCCACACUCCAGAGUCCAGUUAUCUUUAAGACAAUAUUAUCAAGACAGGACCAGAGACAGUGAAUCAUCAUGACACGUGCUGCUAUGGUUACACUUCUCGUCAUGAUGUGUAUGGCACUUAUUGUGGAAGUCAAAUCUAUACAUAGAAGAAAGAGGCUUACUGCAGAAAUGUAUGAACGCCAAUGGGAAAUUAAUUCUAAAAAACAAUGCAGAGCAGGCUGGAGGCCGAUGCGUUCUGAACAGAACAAAUUUUGUUAUUAUUUUUCUGCGGAUAGUAAAACCCAAAGUGAGGCCAGGGCAAUAUGCAAACGAUUAAAAGGGAACUUGUUUUAUCCAACUGAUAGUAGUGAAAUUGAUAGAUUGUUCGACAGGUUUGGUGAAAAGUGGAUGCCAGCCCAGUAUUUCUGGACAGGUGGAUAUAAAGUAAACUACGAAUGGACUUGGGGCGUUAAUCCGUUUAAGUUACCUUUUGUUGCUCCUAAUUGGGCCUACAGACAACCUAACGGCGAAAUUUCAGGAGAAUGCAUAGCAGUCAAUAAACUCGAUAAAAAGAUGUACGACGAACGUUGUGAAUCGAGAUACAAAUAUGUCUGCAAGGAAUGAGUAUAGGCCUAGGGAUUCAAACUAUGUUAUUAGAAUACAAUGUAAUUUUGAUUGAAAUA